UAGAAGAAUGGGUUUUUUUUUUGGUGCACUGUCAACAAGAGGAAUUAUUUUCAAAGAAUUAUUGAAAAGAUCUAUCUUGUGAUGUAAUUUCUGCACAUGCUUCAGGAAGAAAAUGACAUCUCUUAAAUGUAGCAUCAUGGGUAUCUAGGACUUUCAAGCAAAAUGGGUAUCUAGGACUUUCAAGCAAAAGAGGCAUAGGUAUACUGGAGGUGAGGAUUUGUUUCCAGCCCUACUGAAUCAGGACCUGAAAUUGUGUCUUGGUAUUAGGUAUAUAUAGAGUUUAGUGUUAUUACAAAGUAGGUACAUUUGAGGAAAAGAUAGCAGGGCCUUGAGCUUUGUGGAGGCCUAGAUUACCUGGAUUACUUCAAGGCUAUAUCUUAUGGAUCGCUAUUUUUAAUUAUAUAGGUAGGAUGGUGGUUGUGACAGAGGAAGAAUAUUGAGCAGAGAUAUUACGUGCUUAAGGGGCAAGGUCAGUAAAUAUUGUGACAGUCUGCAAGGAGAGGAUUCUCGUGAUGUAGAAUCAGAUUAAGCAAAGUGAGUACAGAACAAGGCUGCACUGCUUUAAUGCUUCAUACCCCAUCACAAUCCAUAGUGUUUAUUAUUUGUCAUCCGUAUAUAGUCUGUAAGGGGGAGACCUGGUUAAAGGAAAGCAAUUUGCAGAGAAUGCAAAGAGAGUGUAAGUAGUUCUAAGUUUUUAACAGAUUUUUUAAUGCAUGGAAAGGUAAGAUUAGCCCGUCUUAUCAAUGCUUUCUCUGUUUGGAAUCCAUAGUCCAUGUGUACGUCACCAUGAAUUCCAAUAUAAGGCUGCUGAGGCAUCCAUGCAUGAUAUGUUGUGCAUUUGAACACAGUAAGUGACCUUAAAAAACCCAGUUGAAAGUAGAUAAUAUAUUUAUGUUAUAAGGCCUCUCUAGAUCAGAGCUCUUUCUUUGCCUGCCAACAUGCAGCAACAAAAUUUUUUUGGGCCUAAACACGGGUGCAGCUUGAGCCCUGCAAUGGAGGACACUGGUGAAGAACAGAAGGCAAAUGAAAGGCAAGAAGAGAUUUCUGAGUCUGGAUGGACAAUGUACUUGGAUCAAUCCAUACACGAGUUUUCUAGCUAUAAGAACAGCCUAGUUGAUUUUGAAGAAGAAGAGGCUAGAAAUAGGAAAAAUGGGUAUUCUUGGUUUCAGCACAAGGAUGAAGAGGACUCUUCCAUGGCUUCUGAUGCAUCUUCUGGACCUGCACAACUCUUAGAAGUUGUGAAUCAUAAAGAUUUUUACAAUGAAGCUGGGCAAAAUGGGCUGAAGUUAAGUUUAAGUGAAUGUGAUGUUUCUGGUGUGAGGAAGCCUAAGCGGAGAAGAGUGGAGUCAGAUGAACACAAGGAUCUGGAUUUGCUUGAGGACACUGCAAGCUCUCCCCUUCACAGCUUCAAGAGUGGGCUCACAGAAAAUGAAGCACAAAACAAGGAUUUUUCAGACUUCUCCAAACUUGUUUGUGACUCUCAUGAUCAGGCAGAUGCAGUGAACAAGCGCCUAGAUUUUCUGCAAUCCAUCUUGCCCGAGGCACCAAUGUGCAGAGAAGAAACUGUGGGAGUAGCCAUAAAAUAUAUAAGUGCACUGGAACAAAGAAUUAAGGUAUUCCAAGGACAUGAGGACAAGAACAAAGACAGCCAUGUGGUAACAGCUGCAAGAGAUAAGAUUGAAGGGGAGAGUGGUGUUCUGAGAGAUAAGGGUCUUUGCUUAGUACCCAUUUCAACUCUGUGGAAUGCAAUCUAAGUUGUAUUCUCAUCAUCAUCCAUCGGCCAAUUUUGAAGGAGCAGAAGCCUACAAAACUUAAUGUUCAACUCUGGACAUUCUUGUUACAGUUUGUGAUGGGAUUUUGAUUUUGUUGACGCUGAUGAUGUUCAUAUGCUUGUAAAGUGGGGUGUAAAAGUGGGACCAAAAUCAAAUGUAUCCAAACUUUUUGCAAUGCAGUAGAAAAUACCUUAUGGACUUGUAUUUUCAGAUGCUAGCAGCAGGGUCCCAUGGAGGUCCCAUGCAACUAGUUAGCAAUUCAGAAGUAAAUAUAUUUCUUGAACUGUUAAAGAUUAUAUCUAUUCUAGCUUACUAUUCUGAUCAUAGAUCAUGGAGUAUGAUCAGAAAGAUUGAAUCAAAAAGAUAAAGGGAACAAAGUUAAUUAAUGAUUGUAAUUUCAA